AUGGACAUGACCAACCUCGACGUGGGCGACAAGCCGGUCGUGGCACUUUGUGAGUCCCUUCUGAAGAUGGAGGGCCCCUCAUCGCGAGGACGCUACGCCGACGUGACUGAGUGGCAGGUGCUGUGGCGGCGGUGCGGUCUCACAGACCGUGUCGUGCGCCAUCUUGAGCUGCUCCUUCUGGGGUGUCAACGGCUCACGCUGCUGGACGUGUCGGCGAACGCCUUAUCGACGGAGGGGCAGGCGAGUCUGCUCCACGCCGCCGCAGAGGUGCCGUGCGACGUGGUGAUUACCGAGGAUGCGCGCGCCACGCACAGCGGAAGUCGGGCACGCGAGACCAGCGUCCCGUCCUCCUCCCUCUGCACCCCCUUUCCACGCGAGUUCGCCGAGCGCCAGCGCCACAGCCAGGCGAGCCGCCAUCACAGGCGCAGCGGCGGUGACGGCAACGCAUCCGAAGGCGCCCACAUUGCCAGUUACGGCACCAUCGACCAGCAGCGCAGCAGUGGAGAGCGGCGACAGGCCACGUCGCCGCCGGCACAAGCAGCGACUCCGCGUCCGCUGCGCCAGCUAUCACCGCCUUUCAGCGGAGCCUCCGCCUCUGCCUCGCCAUCGCUGCGCAGCUAUGCGAGCGGCAGUGCCGAGGCUCUGCAGAAGCGCCGUGAGGAGCUGUUUGGUCGCUCCAACACCGCCACAGCAGCGACAGCAGCGGUAGCGCCGACCGCAGCCACCGCCUCAGCAAAGGACGUACAGACGCCGGCAAGAAGUGUGGACGUCAAGAAAGGCGUCAGCACCGGCAGCACCACCACAAGCGAUGGUAUUGUCGAGUUCGAGGCGGCGCAGUCGACGGCGACGGGCUCCCCCGCGGCGACUCAGGAGCCACGCCCGCAGCGGCGGCCUGCGGAGGAGGACACUAGCAACGGCGGCAGUCACUCGCCGUUUACCGCCGCCGCCACAAAAAGCCAGCGGUCUGCCCAUCGCACAGGCGCCGCGCACGCGGCCUCCACCCCAGCCAAGGCGGACUCUGCAUCACGGGAGCCCUUUGUAGACCGCAACGAUCAGAUCGACCUGACCGCGAACCUCAGCCCGGUGCUGGAUAGUGUUCUGGACCUCUCUGCACUCAUGACCUGCGACGGCGCACUGCGGGAGGCACACAUGUUCGGAGGCGCUCUCACUGUCUGGGAUGUGCUCGAGGCUUACGAGAGUGCCGCGGAGCAGCAGCUGCACGGGUCCGUCUCGCACGGCGGCGAAACCAGCGUGGAUGCGGCAACGAGCGCGAAGCUACCUUCCGCGCUGCUGGGCGGGACGACGUACAACGCUGUCACGGUCCUUAACCUGAGUCACAAUCAUCUCACCGCCCUCUGCGCACUGCCGGCGACGCUGCUGCGCCUUGACGUCAGCGUCAACAACUUGACGGAGCUGAGCGGGCUGCAGGGGUGUAAGAUGCUGACAGUGCUGAACGCGCGCCGCAACCGUUUGCGCACCAUCAGCGGGCUGGAGAAAAACCUCAGCGUGGCGCAUCUCUUCCUGGGCCACAACGGCAUCACUGCGGUCGAGGGCGUCGCCCACCUCGUCCUUCUCGAGACACUCGACCUCACGUACAACGAGCUACGCACCUGGGCGUCGCUCCGGAUGCUGUCGCUGUGCUCAGCCCUGCGACACCUGCUGCUGCGCGGCAACCCUAUCAUGGAGUCGGGCAAGCCGGGCUUCAUGGCCGUGCUGCGCAACCUCUGCCCCACCCUGCUGGUGGUCGAUGAGCACCGCUUGGCUAACUCGUGUCUGGCAGACAGAGCCCUUGCCCAGCGCAACUGGGGUCGACAGCCGAACAUGAUCAACAACACGCAACCGUACGCGCGCACAGAGACUCUUCGUAGCGGCAGCGGCGCUGGUGCACCGUCGUCGCUGCUUGCGCACGCGGCCAAGGCCGGUAGCAGCGCCUCUGUUGACGGCUCUACCAUGUCCUCGGUGGCGUUCACGUCGUCGAGACGGCGGGAGGGCAGUCGGCCGGCACCGUUUGCCGCCGGGGACGAGGAUGCCACGGAUGAGCGGUCGAUGAAUCUCCUGCACAUGCUCACGCGCGGGGUGACGGCUCCGACGGGCUACGGCGACUCUGUACGCAGCCAACACGCAGCCCAGCAGAUGGCGCAGACGCGGAGGGAGAAGGAGGCGCAGGCGCGGGCGGUGCGGGAGCGGCGACUGACUGCCAACGGACGGCUACUACGAGGAGCAGUUGUGAAACAGCUGGCCGAGGAGUCGCGCAAGUACCUUGAGGACACCAUCGUGCGCCGAAUGACGACAGCGCAACAACAACUGCAAGGGAGCCACAGUGCGCUGCCGGACGCUGGCGGCCGUAGCAGUGAUGCAGCCAGUGUGGCCGCGAGCAACCUGAUGACUCGCCACGGUUCGGUGGAGCGCAACGCGUACGGCGGCGUGGCACACCCGGAGCGGAUGGAGAACCUGAUGGCAGACGUGAUGGGGUACACGGCGGCCUCGCCGGAGAAGCGACAGCGCGCGUCGAUGGAAGGUGGCGUGAAGGACAAGACGGAUGCUGAGCUCCUCCGCCGAUACAAGCCACGUGCAGCGCGGCUGCGACGUGAUCCAUCAGCGAAGCCACCGCAGUCGUUGACGCUGGAAGCCUCCGCAGGGCCACCAUCGCAGCAGCAGCGGCAGCAGGCGCCGCAGCGUCGCACUGUGAGUACUGGUCGCGCGCCAAGUCCGGCUGCCAAUGGUGGUAGUGUUCUCCACGGCCCGGCCGUGGUGACUCGUGGACAGUCAGCAAGGAGCACACACCGCGACGGCGAUGACGCUGCGCUGGCGGUGCUCUACGCAGGCGACGCAAGCGGACGUCUCUCAGGAGAAGCCGCACGUGGCGCCAGCGGCUCUUACGCAGCGCUGCACACCGCGGAUCAGCGUCAGCCGCGUGCCCCGGAAGAUGCGGAGAUCGAGUGCUCGCCCAUCUCCAAGGAUCCACAAGCGCGGGUGGUGGCGUCGCUGAACACCACCGCAUCCAUCCUCCACGAUAAUGUCCCGCUCCACCGCGUGAACGACCCGCCGCACUCCGCGCACCUGCGAACACCACCGACAUCGACUCGGAGGCACCCGAGUCCCACCGCACACGCGCGCCGCCACCCCACACCGCAGGACUACAGAGAUCCGGCAGAGGUGGAUGUGACGGCUAUCUACCCACCCAGCCGCACCCAGAGAAGCCCCUCGCCCGGUGUCGGCGGUAGCACGCAGAAGGCACAGCUGCAGCGCUAUCAGCGCAUGCCUUUGCGCAUGAAUGCGCCCACGUCGAAGCCGUCGAGUCACUCGAGGUCGACCUCCGCCGCUGCACUGUCGGUGGCAUCGUCUGCAGGCGCGAGAAGCCCCUCCUUGCGACCGGUGCACAUCGACGACGCUCAGCGUGCGCGCGUGAGGAAGUGGGUGCAGCAGCUCCACGAAGACACAGAUGCGCUGCAAGACGCGUUGCAGACCCUCGUCGACCUCCUUGAGGCGCAGCGGCAGAAGCGCAUGCCCGUGCCCGAGUCGAGCCGUGAGCUGCCACCGACGUACCUACAGGAGCGGCGCCGGUGCGUGCAGAUCAUUCAGGACAGCGGCAUGCUGCAGGACACAUAUGUGCCGAUGGACGUGGUCGUCUACUACGGCCUCAGCAAGGCUGAGCUCGAAGGUCAGACGGAUCGCAGCAUGCAAGUUGUCACCCGUUGUGGCGGAAGCACGGAGGUCGACGAGCGGGCUUGGGCACGCGAGGUGGCGGAGCGCUCCGACGUGCUGCGGCAGGUACACCUCAUGGGAGACGCGAAGACGUGCCUGCGAUACGUGGCGCUGCUCGUCGGCGACGGCCGCGAAAAGCUGCUGCAGCAGUACGUGGAUCAGUUAAAAGAAAGCCUGCGUAGCGCCUAG